AUGGCUAUUACCGCAACAAAAGAUCUGCUUCCUGAGCUCACGCUUGUUUCUCAGGGCAAAGUUCGAGAUAUUUAUUCUACUUCUGAUCCGAAUGCCCUGCUUUUCGUUGCUACAGACCGGAUCAGUGCAUAUGAUGUGAUCUUGAAAAACGGCGUUCCAGGAAAAGGCAUCAUCCUCAGUCAGCUUGCACUCUUCUGGUUCAAGAGACUCGAUGGAAUCAUUCCGAAUCACUUGAUAACGGACAAUGUUGACCAGAUGCCCUCAGAAGUUGUUCAGUACAAGAAUAUCCUCCAGGGUCGAACAAUGCUAGUCAGAAAGGCCAAGGUAGUGCCGCUUGAAGCUAUCGUGCGCGGAUAUAUUACUGGCUCUGCAUGGUCCGAAUACAAAAAAUCGGGAACUGUACAUGGGAUUCGAGUUCCCGAAGGGUUGGCUGAAUCUCAAAAGUUGCCUGAGCCAUUGUUUACACCCUCGACUAAGGCUGAGCAAGGUCAACACGACGAAAAUAUCCAUCCUGAUCGAGCUGCCGAGAUUGUGGGCAAGGAACUCUGCGAAAAAAUCGCUUCGAUCUCAGUGAGGAUAUACAAGGAAGCUGCUGAAUAUGCGGCAAGUCGUGGAGUGAUCCUGGCAGAUACAAAGCUCGAGUUUGGACUGGUUGAUGUACCAGGAGGAGAACCGGAAUUAAUCUUGAUCGACGAAGUUUUAACUCCCGAUUCUUCUCGGUACUGGCCGGCAUCUGAAUACAAGCUAGGCAAGUGGAAGCUCGCAUAUCGGGCAGGAACUACGCUGAAUCAACGAACGUUUAUAGGACAAUCGCAGCCGAGCUUUGAUAAGCAGUACUUGAGAGAUUGGCUCACCGCGGAAGGGUUCAAGAAAGGCUUGGAGAAUGGCAAAGAUGGCCAGGGUUGGAUAAUGACGGAUGCGGUGGUUGAAGUGAAGUCUCUGAUGGCAGUGUUCCAACAAUGA